UGAACGUCACUCAUUGUUUACUCCUUCUGUGCUGGAAAGAGUGGCGAAGCGGAGCACGAGCAACAAAGUUCUCGCGCACUUGUUUUUUUGCACUUUAAGAGUCGUGCUCGUGCAGAGGAGGUUUCAGUGGGCUCGGUUCAGGGUUCGAGCGGGUGGACGUUAAAGCGACGCGAGAGGGCGUUUCACGAGGAAUUUCAGCCAAGGAAAAAAGGUCGUCGGUGGUUGGCGGUAAAGCUGGUUAGGCGGGUAUUCCACGAACGCGUUUCUAAGAGCCAGGUAUGUCCCGGUGUACCGGGAACUCUCGCGCUGAGCGCGUGAAGCAGGUGCGCUGAAUCCACGCUUCUGAUUAAAGAAUUGAAGUGGAACCGGAUUCACGUUUGGAUUUCAGGAGAGGGUUUGUGGUGCUGUUUUGAUUCACGCGGCGACAAAUUGUUUAUACCAGGCUGUUUCUUUUUUAAAUAUAUAUUUAUAUUUUUGCUGUUUUACAUCGUUUAAUUCUCUACUCUACUAAACCGGAGAUGUAGAGCGCGCGCUUCGGCUCGUGCAGCCCGACUUUGCUUCAGGUUUCAGCAGUUUACGUGGAAAACACCGCAGUAACUAAGAUAUCGAAGGAAUUCUCCCGGAACACCGUCCCUCCCUACUUCUUCACUAGUUUUCCUUCUUCACUUUCCAGCAACGUCGACGGCAAACUUUUUCUGUCAAGCAAUGCAAGUCGCGAGCUCGAGCGCUGCACCACAGCCUGCACGCGCGUUCUGAGCUCGAGCACAUCCUGGAGGACCACCAGAGACUCGCGCGCGGGACGAGGAACCGUAGUUCUCUUUAAAACAAAAACAAACAAAAACAACAAGGAAAAAAGCGAGUAUGUCGAAGACGCUGAAGAAGAAGAAGCACUGGGCGAACAAAGUGCAGGAGUACGCGGUGUCCUGGGGCGGAGGAGAGCUGAGCUCCGUGCUGGAGAUCCGCGGCGGCGCCGAGCACGGAGAGUUUCCAUACAUGAGCCACAGCCUGACGUCGUCGUCGUCUUCUUCUGCUGCUUCGGCGGCGCUGCGGUGGCACGCGGGCAGAGCGCCGAGUCCUGGUGACGUGCUGCUCGAGGUGAACGGCACGCCCGUGAGCGGCCUCACGCACCGCGACACGCUCGCCGUCAUCCGCCACUUCCGGGAGCCCGUGCGCCUCAAGACCGUCAAACCUGGUAAGGUGUUAAACACGGACCUGCGCCACUACCUCAGCCUGCAGUUCCAGAAAGGCUCCUUGGACCACAAGCUCCAGCAAGUGAUACGAGACAACCUGUACCUCCGUACCAUCCCCUGUACCACAAGACAGCCGCGGGAGGGGGAGGUUCCCGGUGUGGACUAUAACUUCAUCAGUGUGGAGGAGUUUCGUGUUCUGGAGGAAAGCGGGCUGCUACUGGAGAGCGGAACCUACGAUGGUAAUUAUUACGGCACCCCCAAACCUCCGGCCGAGCCUAGCCCUGUGCAGCCUGACCUGGUGGACCAGGUGCUGUUCGACGAGGAGUUUGAAACCGAGGUGCAGCGCAAACGGACCACCUCUGUCAGCAAGAUGGAGAGGAAGGACAGCGCGGCGCCUGAGGAAGAAGAAGAGGACGAGAGGCCGGCACUUGUGAACGGACUUACAGAGCAUAAGGAAGGCACCGAUUGGAGGAAGACCGUACCGAGCUACACGCAGCCCAGCAGUGCCAUGGAUCUCGGGGCGUGGAGCAUGCUGCCUGGGGACGAGAGCCAGGAGACGCUGCCCAAGAACUGGGAGAUGGCCUACACUGAGACUGGCAUGGUCUACUUCAUAGAUCAUAAUACAAAGACUACAACCUGGCUGGACCCACGGCUGGCUAAGAAAGCUAAACCCCCUGAGAAGUGUGACGAGGGAGAGCUGCCGUACGGCUGGGAGAAGAUCGACGACCCGCAAUAUGGCACCUACUAUGUGGACCACAUCAAUCAGAAGACACAGUUCGAGAACCCUGUGAUGGAAGCCAAGAAGAAGCAGAACCAGGAGGCGCCCGCGGCGAGCCAGCCAGGACUUACGCCCUCAGAGGAUGGGUGUCUGAGGGGUUUCACACGUGACCCGUCGCAGCUACACGGAACAGUGUUGCGCACAGCCCUGAGGAAGAGCCCACAGGGUUUUGGCUUCACCAUUAUCGGUGGAGACAGACCAGACGAGUUCCUGCAGGUGAAGAACGUGCUGAGGGACGGCCCUGCGGCGCAGGACAACAAGAUCGCCCCUGGGGACGUCAUCGUAGACAUCAAUGGCACAUGUGUGCUAGGUAAAACCCACGCAGAUGUGGUGCAGAUGUUCCAGUCAGUGGCCGUGAACCAGUACGUGGACAUGGUGUUGUGCCGAGGCUACCCCCUUCCCGAGGACGCCGGUGACGAGGCUGCAGGAGAAGCGGCAGCCGCACCACCAGCCGAUCGGCAGCCGCUUGUACCCGACGGGCGACAGGAGGACGCCCCCGAGCUCACGCUGCUGCAGCCGGAGCUGGUGAGCGUGACGCUGGCCAAGGGGCCGAGCGGAUUUGGGUUUGCCAUCGCCGACUGCCCGCUGGGCCAGAAGGUGAAGAUGAUCCUGGACGCUCAGUGGUGCCGCGGCCUGCUCAAAGGCGACGUGAUUAAAGAGAUCAAUCGGAAGAACGUGCAAACGCUGAGCCACACGCAGGUAGUGGACAUCCUGAAAGAGCUGCCCCUCGGCUCCGAGGUCAACGUGCUCGUACUCAGAGGAGGUCAGACGUCUCCUGUGAAGUCUCUGAAGCCCUGUGCCACGGCAACGCCAAUGCCAGUGACUCAGAAGCACGAAGCACCCACUAACACAGUCAGCACGGACAGUCCGAGUCCUGUUGAGCCGCUUCCCCAGACGUUUCCCCAGAUGUUUCCCCAGAUGUCUCCCCAGACUGUUCCUCAAGCUCUUCCUCAGUCCCUCCCCCAAGCUCCUCCCCAGUCGCUGCCCUUCCCUCCCAACGUGGUACGCUCCAACUCACCCAAACUGGACCCAUCUGAACUCUACCUCAAAUCUAAAGCCAUCCUUGACAGCAAGCCUGCCAACACCAAGGAACUGGAUGUCUUUAUUAAAAGGAACCAGGAGUCCGGCUUUGGUUUCAGAGUGCUGGGUGGGGAAGGAACAGAUCAGCCUGUGUACAUUGGUGCUAUCGUUCCGCUGGGUGCAGCAGAGAAGGACGGGCGUCUACGGGCAGGUGAUGAGCUCAUGUGUAUCGACGGUGUUCCUGUAAAAGGAAAAUCCCACAAGCAGGUCCUGGAGCUGAUGACCAACGCCGCGCGCAAUGGCCAGGUCAUGCUCACUGUGCGCAGGAAGCUCAUCUACGCAGAAGAAAGAGAGGAUGAUGGUGGACAGUCCCAGGCAACUCCAUCUCAGGUUAACGGCUCUCCCAGACCUCCUCAUGCAGACGCUUCCGUUCUGUCCCAGCCGGAGCCAUAUGACGUCACGCUGCAGCGCAGAGACAACGAGGGCUUUGGCUUCGUCAUCCUCACCUCAAAGAACAAACCACCACCAGGAGUAAUUCCUCAUAAGAUUGGACGGAUCAUCAAGGGCAGCCCCACAGAACGCUCCGGAAAGCUUAAAGUGGGUGACCGCAUCUCAGCCGUCAACGGCCAGUGCAUCGUGGAGCUCUCACACAACGACAUAGUGCAGCUGAUCAAGCAGGCUGGCAACACUGUCACCCUCACUGUGCUUCCUGAAGAAGAGCACAGCGGCCCUCCGUCAGCCACCAGUUCAGCCAAGCAAAGCCCAGUGGCUCAGCACAAAGCCGUGGGACAGCAGCCUGCCAGCCGCGAUGACGGUAACGGCCCCGAUAUGGAGGAGCGAGAAGAGGGUAUGGCCUGGGGUAACUACAAAUCUCUCCCCAAGAAUGAGACGGGCACCAUGAUCACCUCAGGCCCCAAGCAGGGCUGUUUCCCCGUGGAGCUGGAGCGAGGUCCACGUGGCUUUGGCUUUAGUCUCCGGGGAGGGAAGGAGUACAACAUGGGCCUGUUCAUCCUGAGACUGGCCGAGGAUGGCCCAGCCCUGAAGGAUGGCAGAAUACAUGUGGGAGAUCAGAUAGUAGAGAUCAAUGGCGAGCCAACCCAAGGCAUCACACACACGCGUGCUAUUGAGCUGAUCCAAGCAGGAGGCACUAAGGUGCUGCUGCUGCUGCGGCCGGGCCAGGGCCUGAUUCCUGACCACAAUGUUAUGGAGAUGGUGACAACUCCACCUGCAAACUAUCCAAAGUACCCUGUACCUGAUGAGCCAUCAAUAUUACCAUCUUUGUCCUCCUCUUCUCUCUUGCCCUCUGAGGGCACGUCAGCCCCUUCUCCCUCCCGCGGUCUCCAUCAUCAACCCCGAGAUACCAGACAACCCAGAACAAGCAAUUCCAGCGUGUCUCUCCGUGACAACACUCCUAGCCCCCAGAAAAUGGACACUUCACGCACAGAGGGGAAAGAGCGUUCACGUAGCCCGAGGAAAAUGGAAAAGAAGCCUUCUGUUUCUGUGAAAAACAAAAAUGUCAACGCCAGCACUCAGAGUCUGGAUGUAUACACGGACAGGAAAGCCCAGGGCCAAGGGGACAGAGGUAGACGCUCAUCAAGCCCUAGAAAGAGUCCCAGAAAGGAACAAGAGACUGGCACCAGACAACCACCUAAGGGAUAUGAGGAACCGCAGAGGUAUUUUGAUGGGCAACAUAUUAAUUAUGGAUCUGGAGGGAACCUAUACAUGGAGGAAGACUUAGACUUCCAACAGGACAAGGAGACAGGCGAGACGAGGCCUGAGAUCGCCAGAUCAGAUAACGAACGACGUCACAGGGAGAAGGGGGUUGAGAGGGAAGCAGUACCUCAGAGGUCCCAAUCCCAGAUCCUCAAUGACAGGGCCAUGCCAGAGCAUCAGCCUACGACCCUGAACCGCAAAGGCCAUCGAGAACCCAAAGAGGGCAGGUACAGAGGGGGAGCAGGUGAGGAGAGCAAAAGGGAUAUGAGGGGAUCUAGCAGUGUCCCACCAGAGACUUCCUGGAAUGGGAACCCCAGCAGCAAGAAGGCUCCCAUCACCCCUGGUCCAUGGAAGGUCCCCAGCUCUGCUAAGAUGCAGUCUCAGGUGGAGGGGCUCUGAUGCUUGGUGGAGUUCAUCAGAAAUGCCAGGACACUCACUGAUGGUUACUCUGAAUCACUGUGUAAUUGAUGCAUAUUUUUUACGUGACUUGUACAGCAUACUGUAUCUUCACUUACUUUGAGACAAUGCAUUCAUGUUCAUGGUAUUCCGUGUUUUAAGUAUCCAUUUCCUCCUGUCUGAGUUCGUGUGUUUGUCCCACCAACAGUGACACCUGUCAGUCUCAUAUCGUGCCAACCAGAGACUCCUGCUGGAAAGACUUGAUUAAAAAAAAAAAAUCCUGUGAGAUGCGACCAUUGAAUGCUCUGUUUUCCGGAAUUGUGAAGGAGUGUUUUUAUUUCUUUUGCUUUGGUUUUUAUUUCAGAUUCAGUGUGUACAGUCUUGUACUUUGUUUGAAAUGCAGUGUAUCCUUGAUGCAUCGGUGCAGUUUGCUUUGUCAUUGCAUGUAUAAUUCAACCAAACAAUGCUAAUCAUGUACACGCUGAAUGAAAGCCAGCGUUGGCCUUGUUGGCUUUCAUUCAUUGUUAGCUGCGUUAGCGUUGCCUGAUUAUGCUUUGAGUUAAUAAGUGUGAUCAGAGUGCACAUAUAUUAUUUAAGCUUAACAUUAGUUAUCACCUGUGCAGUGUAUUUUAGAUCAUUUUUAAAGAUGGUUCCUCCUUUAACUGACCAGAUACUUGUGCUUAAGUAUAUUGUUUACUACAUGUGAGCUUAUGAAGAACACUAUGUAAUUUAUUGAAAUGGAAAAGAAAUUGCAAAUAUCUUAAUAUUUCUGUAAUCAUAUCUAAACAUUGUGCUCCAUAUCCUAAAGAGCUUGAUUCAUCCCUCUCUGCUUUAGGGUUGCUGACCUGGUGCACUACAUGCUUAAGGGUAUGUAUUUUUCACAUUGCUGUAGCUUUUACAAUUAUGCAUUGUGUAUCAUAUAGCAAGGUGUGUACAUUGGGGUUAAAACUAAAGAAAUGAACUAAAUACUUGGUCGUAUCAUUAAGAUUAAAUGAAGGUAAAAUGGGGAUGUCUGGGGUAAAUCAUAUAAAGCAUAUUUUUUCAUACAAUCUAACAUAUAUUUUGUCCUAUUUCUUUAUAUCUUUAAAAGAACAUAUAUGGAUCAGCUUUUUGGUAAGCAGAUAUUAUUAUUGGAGAACAGCUCGAUGUAAAAUGAGAAUAACUUUUCUCUAUAUAAGGUCUAUGCUUGUUUGAAAGCCAAAAUGUUAUAGAUAUAUAUAUAAAGGUUUAUUACUUUAAAUCCAUGUAGCUCAUCAAAUGUAGCUGAUUUGGCUGUGUAUCUAUGUGGGUUUGGCAUUAUGGUUCAUAAUAGGGAUUUCCCAUAAAAAUUAACUCUACAAACAUCUCUUCCUGUUAAUGUGUCAUUGUGGUUGUUAUUAUAGGUGUGCACAGAUUUGAGAAGAGUGGCAGCUUUGAUACUUGUACAAUUGAUUUCAAUUCCCAGUUCCACCCAGUAGUUCCACCUGAGAGUAAAGCUCGUUUUAGUCCUGUUGAUGUAACAUAUGCUCAAACAGAUUCUGAUCAUUUUGCAAUACAAAUUUAUGUAAUGCCAUUGCAUGGUAUUUAAGAACUGCUUACAUACGCUUAGUCCUGAUUAAAAAUGUGAAGCUUUUAUGGACUGUUGGAAUGAUUUUACUGACAAUGAAACUGGGUUUGUAGUUCGAUUCCUGUGGUCCAUUUCCUUGUGUUUGUCAUCUCAUCUGAUGUAUAUGAAACUGUGGCCUUGCAUUGCUUUAUUUUAAAGAAGAAAAAAAAAGGCCUUCUGGUCUCUACAUCGUGGUAGUUGUAAAUGUUUAUAAAAUGUACAGCAACUGUUUAAAUACUUGCCUUCAUUCAGAAAAAAAAAAAUCUCCAUUAUUUUUUUAAGUAAUUAAAAAAAGAUGAGAAUAUAUAUGUAGUGGUGAAAGAAUUUAAUCUGGUCAUGACAUUCUGUUCAUGCACUGAGAAAUAAAGUUUUAAAGGAA